UGAAUGGCACCACAUUAGGGUUUAUAGCCUAGAUAGCGCUAUUCUCUCCUUUCUAGCCAUAGAUCAAUCAUGGCGGCCGCGAAGACCACCGGGAGAUUCUCCGCGCAGCUCAAGAAGAUCUGGAACAGCGAGGUCGGCCCCAAGACGACGCAUUUCUGGGGUCCCAUCGCGAAUUGGGGCUUCGUCGCGGCUGGCCUGGCCGAUCUAAGCAAGCCGCCGGAGCUCAUGUCUGGAAACAUGACCUGCGCGAUGUGCAUCUACUCGGCAUUGUUCAUGCGAUUCUCCAUGGCGAUCAAGCCCAAGAACUACUUGCUCUUUGGCUGCCACGCCGCCAAUGAGACCGUCCAGCUCUAUCAUCUCUCGAGAAUCUACAAGUACCACUCCUCGCGAAAGGAGGAAGAAGAGGCAGCCAAAAGCGUGGAAGAAGAAAAGGUCGUUCGUUAGCGUUAAACAUGAUUUGGUCAUAAUCACGGAUUAUUCCUUUAAAAA